CGGAGGACAGUGAUGGCGCCCGCCGCGUGGGUCCCGGGCUCACUUUAAGAUCAGUGCCUGUGGCACCCACACAAGAAUGGAAGGGAAUGUCAUUCCCGACCAAGAGCAGCUCCUGCUAUUUUUAAAGAAGCUCAAAGAAGUGUUCGAUGUUUGCGACGAUGAUGCGGACGGAUACAUCAGCGUUGAGCAUUUCGUUGAUCUUGGAUUGCAGUUCGGGCAAGGGGAUGAGGUGAAGAAGCUGGCCAGGUACCUAGACCCCGACACGCAGGGCCGCCUCACCUUCAAAGACUUCUGCCAUGGAGUGUUCGCCAUCAAAGGCUGUGAGGAGAUCCUCAAGACUGCCCUGGGGUCCUCCAACAUCGGCCGCCGACCCUACGAGACCGACAACGGAUACUACUAUCAGCGCGGGGCGGAGGGAGCGGAGCGCCCCGUCGUCAUGUGCUCGCGGCCGUACCCCGCCUCCUGCGCCCUGUUCCCGGACGAGGAGGGGCUGAGCGGCCGAGACGCGCACGAGUCGGACCUGGACAGCGCCGUGGAGAGCGCCCCGGGCUCCGAAACGUCGGAGGGGGGCCGGUCCGCCGACAAGGACGAAGGCCUCGGGGGGCUCUUCCUGCCCGGAAACAAGUUUGGUCAGAUGAACCCCUCGGUGACCUCUGACCUGUCCACGCGCUCCUCUGCCUCCCUGAAUGAGGAGCAGUUCGAGGACUACGGAGAGGGGGAGGACGUGGACUUCAGUCCCAGCAGCCCCUGCCCUGAUGAUGAAACCCGCACCAACGGCUACUCUGACCUGGGCUCCUCUGUUCCAUCCAGUGCUGGACAGACUCCACGGAAGAUGAGGCACUUGUACAACAGCGAGCUGAUGGACGUGUACUGCUCCCAGUGCUGCAAGAAGGUCAACCUGCUCAACGACCUGGAGGCUCGCCUGAAGAACCUCAAGGCCAACAGUCCCAACAGGAAAAUCUCAAGCACAGCCUUUGGACGGCAACUCUUCCACAACAGCAACAUCAGCAGCAGCAAUGGCAGCACGGAGGACCUGUUCAGAGACAGCAUCGACUCCUGCGACAUCGACAUCACCGAGAAGGUGAGUUAUCUGGAGAAGAAGGUGACAGAGCUGGAGAAUGACAGUCUGAUGAACGGUGAUCUGAAGUCCAGGCUGAAGCAAGAGAACACACAGCUGGUCCACAGGGUUCACGAGCUGGAGGAGCAGAUGAAGGACCAGGAGGCGAGAGCGGAGCAGACGAUGGAGGAGGAGCUGAAGAGGCACCGCGAGGCCUACAGCAAGAUGGAGCGGGAGAAGACUACAGAGAUAGAGCUGCUCACUAACAGGGUCCAGGUGCUGGAGGACGAGAAUGGAGAGAUGGACCUCAACAUGAGCCGGCUGAAGUCUCAGACAGAGAAACUGGACGAGGAGAAGCAGCGGAUGACUGAUAAGCUGGAGGACACCAGUCUGAGGCUGAAGGAUGAGAUGGAUCUGUAUAAGAAGAUGAUGGACAAGCUGAGGCAGAACAGACACGAGUUCCAGAAGGAGCGGGAGGCCAUGCAGGAGCUGAUAGAGGACCUGCGGCGGGAGUUGGAGUACCUGCAGCUGUUUAAGCUGGAGACGGAGAAGCCGGGCCGCGGCCGCCUGUCCUCCUCCAGCAUGUCCGAGUUCAACGCCAAGACGCGCGAGAUGGAGAUGGAGUACGAGAUUAAGCGCCUCAAGCAGGAGAACCAGAAGCUCCGGGACCAGAACGACGACCUGAACGGCCAGAUCCUCAGCCUCAGCCUGUACGAGGCCAAGAAUCUCUUUGCCACGCAGACCAAGGCCCAGUCGCUGGCUGCCGAGAUCGACAACGCUUCCCGAGAUGAGCUGAUGGACGCCUUGAAGCAGCAGGAAGAGAUCAAUUUCCGCCUCAGGCAAUACAUGGACAAGAUUAUCCUGGCCAUCCUGGACCACAACCCCUCUAUCCUUGAGAUCAAGACCUAGACAUCACCACUGAUGGAAAGGAAACAGAGCCACACUGAGCAGGCACCACCCCCUACAGCACGGGGGUGUGAACUGCACCAUCACAGCCACUGGAACUAAAGUCAUUAUGUGUUUACAAAAGGAGUUUUGGUACUUCACUGUAGUAAUGUUUGAGUCACAAGAAAUGUUUAUCUUCCAUGCACUUUCCCCCCUUUAUUAUUUUUUGAAUAUAUUUGUCAUUGCUACUGUUGACGUCUUAAAAAAAUUAAAGGAGGAAGGCACUUUGAGUGUUCUUAAUAUGAAGAGUAUUUAAGUUUUGCAUAAGUACUACCUCUGAGUAUAUAGGAGCAGCGUUACACAAAACUGCAACAUAUACAGAGGUAAAGCGUAUGAGUGCACAGACAGGGAAAUACAUCUGAGAGCCUCUGAUAAAUGGCGGACCCCCAUUGACAGUGACUGUACUUAAUGUCCAACCACACCCGAGCCCCAGCGAUAGCCCCGAGGGAGCGGAUUUGAGCGCUGUGCAGGUCGAUUGAGAAUGAGACGUGGCAAGUGACGACGUGUGCCAGCUGCUGGUGGAAGCAGCGCAGGGAGAGGGUGAGCUGGGAGCAGCUGCUGCGUUUGGGCACAGGACUCUGAGUCUGUUAGAGUAGACCAGAGGGCCGUACUGGUGGUUAAGCGCUUGCUGAAGGUGCAAGAUGGCCGACUCUUUCUCCUGCGAUGGAGGGCUGUGGAUCAGUCGGAUGAGUUCACGGGGAAUGGGUUAACGGUCAGUGCUAGGUGCGCUUGUGGCAUUUGUGGGGUGUGACUGCAGAUUGCAGAGAGGUGUGGAUGUUACCGAAAAGGGAUUGGAUAAGAAGAGGGAUACUCCAUGUCUCUGAAAUCCUGAGAUCUGUUAAAUGGGGUGAGCUACAGGGACCACAUGACCACUUGUCGUGUAUAAUCGGGAGCAGUGUGAGGUCGCUGUUGAGCUGCUGUUCACAGAGGAAUGGAUCUCAGCGGGAGCUGGUGCUCUCCGCAGGGGGUCCUAAAAGCCACCACAAUGCUGGGGUGGGGUAAGGUUAGGUACUCCAGGGAGGGGGCGAUGUGGGGUCUUGUGCGGCUAUUCUGGACCCGCAGUGUGUGUUUGUUCCCAGGGGCUGCAGGUCAGGUCCAUCACUGAAGGCUUCUGCAGUGAGGGUAAAGCCCUGUGAAGUCUGUAUGUCACUGUGGUGUUUAGCUAGCACCUGCUGGAUGGGGUAAAAAGAUUUUAAGAUUUACCCUGCCAAACUCACCACCCUGUCUGUUUCAGACGGAUGAGACAGUCACCCAGUUACCCAUAGAUAUCCGUCUGGAGAAUGCAUGUAGAAACUUUUGUCUUGUGGUGGAGUAUCAACUUAUCCAAUCCAUGAUAAAACACCAUGGUAGACCUUAUAAAAUAUGCAGGGCUAAAUGUAAUAAACUAAUGUAAUAAAUUAAAAUGCUGAGUUUACCAACUCCACUUGGGAAUUAAUAAAAUGUGAACUCAGAGCUCCCCCUGCUGGCUCUUACUGCUAGGGCAGCUUGGUGGUCUGCGGUCAGCGUCAUGUCCGCAUUUCCAGCAGAAUUUUCAGUGCAGCCAAUUAGGUCCACAGCGUUCGGGGGUAACGCGUGUUAUGACUCAAAAGAGAAAAUAUCAUCGGGAAAGAAGGCACAAUACUGCACAAAGAUUACCGGAAAUGAAGUGAAAUCUGCUUAUACGCAGUAUUUAUUCCAAGGGUUUCAGGGGAAAUGUAUGUAAUAUAAGGAAUGGUGGUCACAUUUGGGUUGUACAGAGUCUUUGUGUGGUGUGGCACCAGAAAUAAUAAUAAUGUUUGUACACUGUAAAUGUCAUGAAUGCAUCACCUUGCAUUUCACUCCUGUUAAUGGGGCUGUUGUAAAUAGGUCCAUUUUGUUGAGAUAUUUAAGUCGUGCGUAGCAGUAUUUGAAGACAUGUAAUUAGGGAAAGGCUACAAGUAAUUAUCUACUGUAAACUAUUUGUUUUGCUUCGUUGCACAAAAUUAGUUUCUUUGCAUGUUCUCACAUAUUUGUGCCUUUUUAUCUCAAGAAGUGACACGCUUAUCCCCCCUUGGCCAUCUACAUAGAGCUUUUGUACAUUUGCAUUCAAACCUGUGUCUAAACUUUCUUUUUUUCCAAAAAAAAUUGUAAAUGUUGUACAGAAAAUAGUGACUAUUUGUAUCCAUGUGCCACUCAUCACACUUUAAGAAAUGAAAAAAGUAUUUUUUACCAGUUUUAAGAGAAAUUGAGAAAUAGAUUACAUGCCUGUGUAAACUUUACAGCACAAUGUUUAAGUUGUUGGUUAAAAUGUUUCACGGUUUGGGUGAGUUUUUUUUUUGUUUGUUUUUUUUUCCUUUCUCUCUUCAAUGAUGGCUCAUUUGUGACUGCAGUGUUGGUGUGUUGUCAUUUUUGACCGAUUCGACUGCUUUUGCUUUUUUUGUCAGGUUCCCAUUCAUUUUCUUUUCUGUCUUUGCCCACUUCUCCCAUUUAAAACAGUCAAAAGCACUAUUACCCCCCUCCCCAUGCCAAAAUGUAGAUGUGCUCAUCCAGAGACUUGACUGUUUACAGUAAUUCAGUGACUUCUCACUGAUAGACACUGUGUCCAAACCUGCUGCACAUUUGGUGCCCUUCAUCCUGGCCUGCAGGGAAUUGAAUCCUGUCGGGAGUUGUCUUGUCCUGCUCUUUGAGAUAAAAGUGGCCAAUUCUGUUAUAGAGGAAGAAAUAUGCAUACAUACUACAUUUCCUGUCCUGUCACAAAUGGGCACUCUCGGUUUAGAGGGGCUUUGCCUUUGAAAAAUGUGUCCUUUCAGUUCUGUGUGUAGCGUAGCAGGUCAGAGCACCACAAGGAAAAAACCCACUGGAUCCCAGUUUAUUUUUAUUUCUUUUUUAAUGGUGUCAAUCAUUGCAUCUCUACCACAAAGCAGGCCUAUCCUAGCGAUUACACAAUGUGGACAGGGUGUUGAGAAUGGUGGUGAGAGGGGGCAGAGUGGCAGAGGGGGUAGUAUUGCUUUGUCACCCAAAUCAGAACAUUGUUUUAUUUCUUUUCUUUUUCUUUUCUUUUGAACACACACACAGGCUGAUGCCAGUCCUUGCAGGUAGUUGUGAUGUACAAAUUUCUGCUGUAAAUAAAUUUAUUUGCUUUGGCAUGACUUAAAAA